GUUAAUCUCACUCCUUCUAAGAAAGCUGUGCAGAGCGCUAGGUACCCAUUCUCGAAAGACAAAAGAAGAGAUGCAGUUCAAGAUGGAGAACAUCCUGCUGUCUCUUCUUUUCUGCUACAAAGCCACGCUGGCAUUGUCACCUGGUGAGGAUGACCGAUUGGAGCACUGGCACAGUAAAGCUUGCAAAUGUGAUUGUCAAGGAAGUGCCAACUCAGUAUGGGCCACCGGAACCAACAGCUUAGUGUGCAUGCCGGAGUGUCCCUAUCAUAAACCCCUUGGGUUUGAGUCAGGAGCGCUUCCUUCCGACCAGAUAAGCUGCUCCAAUUCCGAGCAGUACACCGGCUGGUAUACUUCAUGGACUGCAAACAAGGCCCGACUUAAUGGCCAGGGUUUUGGGUGUGCAUGGCUCUCCAAAUUUCAAGACAAUGGGCAGUGGCUGCAGAUUGACAUGAAAGAGGUCAAAGUUAUCUCAGGGAUACUCACACAGGGGCGCUGUGAUGCAGACGAAUGGAUGACAAAAUACAGCGUGCAGUACAGGACUGAUGAGAAUCUGAAUUGGAUUUACUACAAGGACCAGACAGGAAACAACCGGGUUUUCUAUGGAAACUCAGACAGAUCAUCCAUUGUCCAGAAUCUCCUGCGCCCUCCGAUUGUUUCCCGCUACAUCCGAUUAAUACCUCUAGGCUGGCAUGUGCGCAUUGCCAUCAGGAUGGAGCUGCUGGAGUGCAUGAGUAAAUGUGCUUAAAGUCCAAUCAUGCGUGGCUUUCAAAGGGGUGUGAGGAAAGUCCCUAGCAAAAUGUAGAAAGACAAUAAACACAAUGACAAGGGUAGCAAAGAUGGGCUCGAUUCUGCCAUAACAACUCGCAGCCUGCACAAUGGGGCUGCCCAAGGAUGGAAGUCAGAGCAGAAUCUGGCCCCAGUUAGUUUUGUUGAAACUGAUCUCAGGAGCUGAGCUGUGUGGAGAUCCCUGGUUUUGUGUCUUGAAAUUGUCACAAUGAAAACACAGGUUUGGGGCAAUUUCAUCUGCUCUCAGCAAAAUGUUGAACCUGCUGCCCUUGUUCCAGAGGCCAGAAGAAAACAUUUACCAAAAAAUCUCCCACUCAAGACUAGUGUUUUUCACAAGGGCUGCAGUGUGUCCUCACUUUCCACUGAUGCCAAUGGGACUUGCAUAUGGGAACUAAAGUCCAGCAAAGACUUAAUUAGAUUUUUAAGGAACCUUUGCAUAUGAUUUCACACAGCUCCAGUUUCUGAUUAUAUUAUAGUUUAGUUAC